AUGAACUCUGGCGACACCACAUCUUUGCCUGGCACUGCCACCGAUGGCACAGCAAAUGGGACCAAUGGAACCAACGGGACAGUUAGGUCCAACGGAACCAAUGGCACCAAUGGCACCAACGGCACCAACGGCACCAACGGCGUGAAGAAGACCAAAAUCUGCGUCUACUGCGGUUCAUCCCCGGGUCACCACCCAGCUCACAUGGAGGCUGCCCGUGAGCUUGCCCGGGCCAUGGCCAGGAACAACAUAGGGUUAGUGUAUGGUGGUGGCACAAUUGGUCUUAUGGGAGAGGUGGCCAAAACUUUAGUUUCGCUUUCGGGUCCGGAAGCCGUACACGGCAUCAUUCCGGAAGCGUUAAUUAAGCACGAGCGGGACCCAACGUACACUUCCACCUGGGGUUCAGAGGAGGGAGGGCUCGCAAUUCCCGAAGAGAAGACGUACGGCAUGACUACGGUCGUCAAGGACAUGCACACACGCAAGCAGAUGAUGGCUCAGGAGGUCAUCGCCGGCGGGCCCGGUAGCGGCUUCAUCGCCCUACCCGGCGGCUACGGCACCAUGGAGGAACUGCUCGAGACUUGCACGUGGAACCAGCUUGGGAUUCACAACAAGGGCGUCUGCGUCCUCAAUGUCAACGGCUUUUACGACGGUCUCAUCCAGUGGAUCGCCAAAAGCCAACAGGAGGGGUUCAUUCGCAAGGGUCAGACCGAGAUCCUUGUGUCUGCCAACAACGCUGAAGAUGCUAUCAAAGCUUUGAGGGAUUACAAGGUGUCGGAGAGCGUCCUGAAGCUCAGCUGGGGCAGCCAAUGA